UUAAAAGAUCUUCGUAAAGAAACAAGUGUAUAAAUACUGGACAACUUCCUUCCGAAGGUAUCAUUCAUAGCUGAGACUUAUUCGUGUGUGAGUGACAAGUGAAUUAUACAAAUAGUGAGAAAAUUUUGGAAAUUUGUGGAAAUUAAGAAACAUGCAAACCUCAGUGAUAAUUGUUGGAGUUCUCGCCUUGUGGGUGGGGUUCGCCCAGGGAAAACCGGGGCAUUUUUUCUACGGUUAUCCACCAUCUUCGCAGACAACGGUGUUACGUGAUGCCCUGGGCAAUCAAGCCACAGCGUACUCGUACCAGGAUGGACAUUCGUCUUCCGUCGCGGUAUCGAGAAAUGAUGUGAGCAAACAUCUGACCUAUGUUCCUGUCCCUGUCGCUGCCCCCGUUCUCCACCAGCAUGUCGAACCCAUCGUGUAUGAACAGCCUGCCCUCGUAGCGGGGCCAGCUUAUCAUUACUCGAAUCACCUUCCUGCCGCACAUUAUGGAGGGUACUACAACUACUUGUAAAAAUAGUUUCGGGAUAAUUUUUGUACGAGGUCUUCUUUAGACUUUAAUUUCAUGUCUGAAUUUGCAUAAUUUUCGAAAUCAUAAUAUGAACAAGGACGACCAGUAUAAUAUAAUUUAAAUUGUAAUGCAGUACAGAUUUUUAUAGAAGAAAUAAAGUAUUUAUUGACCAGUUC